AUGCUCACCGAUUCUCAGGGAAGCAUUUGGAAAGGAAGGCCGAUGACCACUACUACAAAGCGCGCCAAAAGGCCCAUGGAACUGUCCGUCCGCCUGGCCGGCUACAUCCUUAAGCAGAAGGCACGCGGCAGGAGCAAGUUUCCCCUGGUGACCAUGCUCGAGCCCCUCGAGAUGUGCAACCUGGCCUGCAUCGGAUGCGGUCGGAUCCGCGAGUACAAGUCGGUGCUGGACAAGAUGAUGCCUGUUGAUGAGGCCAUCAGCGCAGUAAAGGAGUCAGGAGCCCCCAUCGUGUCCAUCGCCGGCGGAGAGCCGACCAUACAUCCUCGAAUUCACGAAAUCAUCAACCCGGCUGGUGGAGGAAAAGUAGCGCCGUCAAAAUACCUGUGCUGGGUGGUGCACAUGGACGGUAUGGAGGAGAAACACGACGAGUCGGUGGCGCGUGCCGGAGUCUUCAACAAGGCGGUCGAAGCCAUCAGCGAAGCCCUGGACCGGGGGUACCGGGUGUGCACCAACACGACCGUAUUCAGGGGCAGCGACGUCGAGGACUUGACGGAGAUGUUCCGGAUGGUCAGCGACAUCGGCGUCGAGGGAUCGAUGAUUUCCCCGGGCUACGACUUCAUCGACGCUCCGGACCAGGAGAUAUUCCUGACUCGCCAGGAAUCGCACGAAUUGUUCAAGCAACUGCUCGACCCAGAAAAUUCGGAGGGAGCAAAGUUCUACAACAAUCCGCUCUACCUGAAUUUCCUGAAGGGAGACCGGGAGUACCAAUGCACGGCCUGGUCCAACCCGACCUACACGGUGAUGGGCUGGCGCAAGCCCUGCUACCCGCUGGCUGACGAACACGUGGAGCAUGUCUCCGAGCUGUUCGAGAAAGACUUGUGGCAGAACUACGGUGUGGGCAAAGAUCCGCGGUGCUCCAAUUGCAUGAUGCACUGCGGCUUCGAGUCGGCAACCAUUUUCAACGCGGUUCAGUCGCCUCGGGACUGGGCCACCUUGAUCAAAUCGGGGGCGGCCCACAAGGGCGGCAUCACGGCGGCCUAG